GUUGACUGCACCGCCUGCAGAUCGCAUCGUGACGUUCCUCUCGUCUAACGCACAUAACUGUUUCUCUCUCUGUGUACAGUGGACGCAAAUAAGAUUUUUGUCAGCCGAUCGCGACACGCUAACUCCUUAACAACUACCAGAAAAGCAGUCGUUCACAUUUACCCACGGACUGUAUGGCACGCAGAUUUAUUUUAAUAUCGGAUUGAAAGCCGUUAUGGUGAAACGGACAUCGAUAAAGGCCUGGAAAUCCUCAUUCAUUCAUGUAUUGGCUGGAUUUUAUUCGAGAAGAAUCGUGAAGAUGGCAGCGCAGACAGCGAAAAGCAGAUUGGACACCAUCAAUUCAGCCUGAACUCACGGAAAGUCCUAACUAUUUUUGGACGUGGUGAAUCGUACAAAAACGAGGGAAAGGCAGUAACAAAGACCCAUGGCCUAACCCAGGAGAUCCUACCCAAACAUAUGAAUAAGAUUGUACAAAUUCAUACAAAAUAGUUACGAUUUGCCAUGAUGUUGUGUUGGUCAAUGCCCUUAUUACCUUUUAGAUGAGCUCACUGGAUCUGAGAUUAAAGUGAUUUUUCUUCCAUCUGUAUACAUGGUGGGCUACCGUUUUAGGGUCUGCAAGGGGCGUCUGUGGAAGCAAGUAGGACUUGGCCAUUAUUUCCUCAUGAUCGUCAUUUGUCUCUCCCUGCUCGCUUUACUCUUCAUUGACGUAAUUGAAUCAUGGGUAACCUGUCUGGGAAUGAGCAGACCAGAAGGUCCUCACAGAGCGGUUCUUCCACAGAGUAUCCCGCCCACCCGUUCCGAAGAGUUCCUUCUUAUGCCGAGCUCUCGUGUCUGCCAGCGCGCCAAACCUUACCUCGUCACUUUGGUGGCAACCGCGCCUGCCAACAGAAAGGCUCGCCAAGCUAUUCGGGACACCUGGGGCGGGGAAGUGCAAGUGAGAGGUCACCGUGUCAUGACCCUCUUUAUGGUGGGUCAGUCAUCUGACCUGGUUCUUGGCAAAGAAUUGAUCGAAGAGUCAAAGGAGCGCGGAGACCUGAUACAGGGCCGCUUCACUGACACCUACGCAAACUUGACCCUGAAAACUCUCGCCAUGCUGGGUUGGGCACGCCGUUUCUGUCCGCAGGCUCGCUUCCUGGCUAAGGUGGAUGACGACGUGAUGUUCAACCCGAGUGCGCUGCUUCACUAUCUCGACCUCAGCUUUAAAACGAGCGAGGAUGAACUCGCAGACCUUUAUCUGGGACGCGUUCACAUGCAGGUGGCGCCGGACCGCAACCCGCACAGCAAGCACUUCACGUCAGAAUACACAUACACCGGGACGGUUUUUCCAGAUUACUGCAGCGGGACGGCAUACGUGCUAUCUCGGCCUGCAGUGCUAAAAGUGUCCCUAGCGGCUGCUGCAAUAACCCUAACCAGACCUUUGCUCCCAGAGGACGUGUUUGUGGGUAUAUGUGUGCACAGAGCAGGCAUUACACCUGCCCACUCCCCACUCUUCUCCGGAGGACCGGCUGUGCCAUACGGCCGUUGUUGCUACCAGACUAUGGUGUCUGUGCACCAUACCAAGCCAGGGGACAUGUUACGCUACUGGACGGAGGUGCACUCCACAGCCCCUUGUUCGUGGUUGGGUGUGCGAACCUCCCUUGGUGUGUGUAAAGUGAGAGCACUUUUGGGGACGCUGUUGGGGAAGAGCUUGUAAAACGAGCACAUGAUGAAGUUGCACUCAACAGAAAAUCUGUAGUAUUAUAAAGAUUCGUAAAUUAUAAUGCAGGUAUGCACUCCAGUUUAGAGGACCUAAGAAAGCACAAAUGAAUAGCCUUUUGUUUACAAAGGCACACUAUGCACUGCAACUUUAUUUUUGAUUGUUUUGUUUUGUUCUUUGCUAUACUCAGCAUGUGCCUUUUGUGUUUUAAAACUUACAACACAUUAUGCAUAAGCCUUAACUGAGUUCGAGCCGUCACUGCGAGCCGCAACACUGCCGUCACUGCGAGCCGCAACACAUUUAAAGGGAUAGUUCAGCCAAAAAGAAAACAGCUUCACAUAGACAGCUUUUAAACAACAUGAGGGUUAAAUAAAAUGCAUUCCCCGUACCAGAAAUAAUGUAAGAAAUGCAUUGUUAGGAAUAUAGCAUGACAUGCUCGGUCUCUUUUCACCUCACCAGUGAAAACGGUCACUUAUGUAACAGUGACAUUUGUCCAGCUGACUGUAAAUAUUUAACAGACCCAUUGAUCUAAAGUUCAUUUAGUGCACCAAAAAUGCAUGCAGUAGGUAAGAGAGACACAACCACGAUUUACAUACACAAUUAUAGUUUUAUACAUAAAGAGAAUGGAGAAAUAAACAAAAAUUAAACCCACUGCUACUGGGUUAUUCUACAAAUGGGACGUUUUCUCAAAAUACAAGCAUAAAGCCAAUUUCAAUGUUGCCUGGUUUUGGAUUUAUUUCUGGGUAACAGUACACAGUAAGUUAUUUGACAGUUUUCAACAUUUUGGACCUGUACUCAACACGGAAGCAUAGAACUACUGAGGACAGAUGUUUAGAAACAGACUUUUACACUCAUCAUUUCCUGUUCAAAUUUGCAGUCAUCUUAUUUAUGUAACGCUGUUGACAGUCAAUGAAUCCACUCUUGACACAGGUUUGGGGUUUAACUUUUGCUGUUCGGGAAAAGAGACGUACCCCCUUGGCUUUCAUCCAUGUGCUUCUCCUGUAUGCCAUCCCACUAUGCAAAUUAUUGCUAUUACCCAUUCCUUUUUGAGUGGGUAACUAGUGGGUUACUUGGACAGUGGUUUCUUGGACAUACAAAAUAAGGUAUAGCACAAUAAAACUAUAUUUUUGAAGAACACAACCAAAUGUCUCGAUUAUUUAAUCUAACUGAAAGCAAACACUGAAAUGAGUUUAUAUUUGAGGUUAUUGUGGCUGUAAAUGGAAAAGAACCUGGGGCAUUAGCAGAAAAACAAACAUUUGAUAAUGAAAAUGUUCAAUGAGUAAAUUUGCACAAGAAAAACAAUUUCAGAUGUUUGCGUAUAGACACAUUCCAAAAAAUUGCCAUUCUAGAGAAAUCUAUGCCUCCGUCUUUGCUACAUUCAACAGUUUGGC